AUGCCGUUAUCUCCUUCAAUUUCCACUGGCCACCUUAAAAAAGGGGACCGUGAGACACAUCAGAGAGCUACUUUGUCUGAGGAGACCCUUUCUAAACUUAAGGAGGCUAGGACACAAGCAGAGGAUGCUGCUGCCUUUGCUGCUGCUGCUGUUAGUCAAAACCAAGAAAUAUGGAAGCAGUUGGAAAAGCAGAAAAAUUCUGGAUUGGUGCUGGAUGUUGAAAGCAAACUAGCUUCUGCAGCAGCAGCGAUUGCUGCUGCUGCUGCUGUAGCAAAGGCAGCAGCUGCAGCUGCCAAUGUUGCAUCGGGUGCAGCAAUGCAAGCGAAAUUGAUGGCUGAUGAAGCAUUGGAUUCAAGUGGUUAUGGCGAUUCUAGUCAAAGUAAUGCAUCUUCUCUUUCUGACAGUGUGAAAGAUUUGGGAAAAGCUACUCCUGCAUCCAUCUUGAAGGGUGAGAAGGCCAUAAGUGCUUCCAGUUCAGUUAUUUUUGCUGCAAGGGAAGCUGCUAGAAGGCAGGUGGAAGCUGCUUCUGCUGCUUCUAAAAGAGCUGAAAAUAUGGAUGCCAUUGUAAAAGCUGCUGAGCUUGCUGCAGAAGCUGUGUCACAAGCUGGAAAAAUUGUUGCUAUGGGUGAUCCUUUGCCUUUGAGUGAUCUCAUAGAAGCCGGUCUGGAGGGUUAUUUGAAAGUGCCCCAAGCAUCAACUCGACUGAUUCUGAAAUCUAAUAAUGUAAAUGGUGAAAAGGCGAACAUUGAUAACACCAGAGAAGGCCCGGAUACCUCUGCCAAGAAUUUAAAAGAGGUGCCUUUGGGCAAUAGAGAAAUGCAUACCACUAACCAAGGGAAAUCACCUACUUUGAGAGAGAUAUCUGAGGAGUCAUUUGAGGGUGCUCGAUUAGUAGAUGGCUUUUCAGGUUCUGUUGCAGUCAGUGGAAAGGGUACGAAGGGGCACAAGGGCGGGAAAGCAUCGGAUUUGGCUAAAAACAAAGGUGUUGUUCCUGAAACUGAGACUGGAUCAAGAUCCCCGUCCAUCAGUGUUCAGAUUGAGCACGAAAAGGAGGUCGAACCCUCAAAAGAGAAUGGCAUCAAGGAGGGUUCACAAGUAGAGGUUUUCAAGGAGGGCGCGCAAUUAAAAGCAGGCUGGUUCACAGCCAAUGUAUUGAGUCUGAAGGAUGGGAAGGCAUACGUUUGUUACUCUGAACUUACAUCAGAAGAAGGCUCAGAGAAGCUAAAGGAAUGGGUUGUCCUUAAUGGUGAAGGAGCUGAGGCACCCAAAAUACGCAUUGCUCGUCCUAUUACUGCUAUGCCAUUUGAAGGUACAAGGAAGAGACGCAGAGCAGCUAUGGGGGAGUAUACUUGGUCUAUUGGAGAUAGAGUUGAUGCUUGGAUGGGAGAUAGCUGGCGGGAAGGAGUUGUCACUGAAAAGAGCAAGAAAGAUGAAACAUCGUUUACUGUUCAUUUCCAAGUGCAAGGAGAAACAUCAACUCUUAGAGCAUGGAAUCUUAGACCUUCUCUCAUUUGGAGGGAUGGGGAAUGGGUCGAGUGGUCCGCUUCAACAGAAAACAACCGUGCUUCCCAUGAGGGUGAUACUCCGCAGGAAAAGCGACCGAGGUUGGGCAAUCCUGCUGUUGAGUCUAAAGGGAAGGAUAAAAUGUUAAAAGGUAUUGGCAUUAUGGAAUCUAGGAAGCCUGAUGAGCCAACAUUACUAGAUUUGUCAACAAGUGAAAAAAUAUUUAAUAUUGGAAAAAAUACUAGAGAUGAGAAUAAACCUGAUACACUCAGAAUGAUACGGGCUGGUCUGCAGAAGGAGGGAUCUGGAGUGGUUUUUGGUGUUCCUAAGCCUGGUAAGAAGAGGAAGUUCAUGGAUGUAAGCAAACAUUAUGUUGUAAAUCAGGCCAGCAAGAGCAGUGGGGCAAAUGACUCAGUUAAAUUUACAAAAUAUUUGAUGCCUCAAGGUCAAGCAUCAGGAUCUCGCGGAUGGAAAAAUGCUUCUAGAAGUGAACCAAAGGAAAAACGUGCAGCUGUAUCCAAGCCAAAGGUUCAUAAGUCUGGAAAGCCACCAAGUGUUUUGGGUAGAUCAAUUCCGCAGAAGGACAAUUUUGUGAGUUCUUCAGUGUCUGCUCCUGAUGAUGGUGGUGCUGUAGAUCACAUGGCAAAGAUCAAAGAUUCUACAAGGCAUGUUGACACCACAUCAGGAAAGAAUGACCUGACGGAGUUUCAAUCCAUGUCUACUUCUGAGGGAGCACCAGAGGGUCCAAUCUUGUUUACUUCGAUGCCUCUCUCAGCAGAUGCUGCAUCUAAGAAAGUUUCUGCAUCAAAUCCUAAAACUGAACGGGUGACUAAAGGGAAACUUGCACCUGCUGGUGGAAAGUUGACUAAAAUUGAAGAGGACAAAGUCUUUGGUGGUAAUUCUGCAAAAUCAGCAUCUGAACUUGUUGAACCUCGUAGAUCUAACCGCAGAAUUCAGCCAACAUCGCGGUUAUUGGAAGGUCUGCAGAGUUCAUUGAUCAUCUCAAAAAUUCCUUCCGUUUCACAUGACAAAAGUCACAAAAGUCAGAACAGGAAUAUGCCCAAAAGGGAAUAACCAUGGUUGAGAGGAAGCUCUUAGAAUGACAGGAUUGUGUCAAGAGGAAAGUCAAUAGUUACUGGGUGACCAGCAUGCACCAGCAUAGUUUUUUGUGUAUAUUUAUGAUAGUGGAGAAAAGCUAGGAAUGGAAAUUCUUGCUUCCUUGGGUUUAGUUAAUGAGAUCUAGCCAGUAGAUGUUAAUAUUGAUUUUAGCUUUCUUUACAAUUAUGAUUUGGUCAUCCUAGGUCUUACCCUAAAAAUAGGUUGUAUAUGGAAAUUUUCCAUGUAGUUUGGCUUGAAAUUACAUAGAAGCUUUGAAGAUGAUAAUUUUUACUCUUCAUGGAAGGCAAUAUGCUCACCUUGGCCAUCUGAUCAUUCUUUGGUGGUGCCACUCACAUUCACAAAACGUGAUUAGUGAUAAUUGUUCUUGUGGUGCACUGCCCGCAAUAUUCACAAACCUUUUCUUUUAUGUAUUUUGGAUACGCCUCCGUA